GUUUGUGACAAGUUGACGACCAUAAAUAAAGACCGCGAAUAGCAAACGAGGAACUGAACAGCAAAGUGCUUAAUUUUGUUAGCAAAAAACCCUCUCAAAAACUCAAAAUGGGGAAGCGUCAGCAUCAAAAAGAUAAAAUGUAUAUCACAUGUACAGAGUACACCAACUUUUAUGGAGGAAAACGAGCAGAAAUCCCACAGGCAAACUUCAGACGGCUUCCAUUUGACCACUGCAGCUUGUCCCUUCAGCCAUUUGAGUAUCCUGUCUGUACUGUGGAUGGAGUCGUCUUUGACCUGCUGAGCAUUGUUCCAUGGAUCAAGAAGUAUGGUACUAGUCCAAUCUCUGGGGAGAAACUAGAAGCAAAGUCCCUUGUUCGGCUCAACUUUGCCAAGAACAAUGAUGGAAAAUAUCACUGCCCGGUUCUCUACACGGUCUUCACAAAUAAUUCCCACAUUGUUGCCAACAAGGUCACUGGCAACGUCUUUUCUUUUGAGGCUGUUGAGCAACUCAACAUAAAGACGAAAUGUUUUAAAGAUCUGCUGACAGAUGAACCAUUUACCAGAAAGGACAUCAUAACAUUACAGGAUCCCACAAACCUGGACAAAUUCAACAUUUCCAACUUCUUUCAUGUUAAAAACAACUUGAAAGUGUUGGACCCCGAUGAGGAAAAGGCCAUGCAGGACCCAGCGUACCACCUGAAGAGCACCAACCUUGAGACGAGGGAAACUUUAGCUGAAUUGUACAAAGACUACAAGGGGGAUCAGCUCUUGGCUUCGACCAUGAAAGAGCCAGAGGCCAAGAAGACGGACAAAAUCAAUGCUGCUCAUUAUUCUACAGGCAGAGUUGCUGCCUCCUUCACUUCCACAGCCAUGGCUCCAGUAACAACACACGAAGCAGAUGCCAUUGCUGACGACAAGGUGCGUUACCAGUAUGUGAAGAAAAAAGGCUACAUUCGUUUACACACAAACAAAGGGGAUCUUAAUCUUGAACUGCACUGUGAUAAGGUUCCCAAAGCUGGAGAGAACUUUAUCCGUCUGUGUAAAAAAGGAUACUAUGACGGGACAAUCUUCCACCGGUCCAUUCGGAAUUUUAUGAUUCAAGGAGGAGAUCCCACUGGCACAGGAACAGGAGGGGAAUCAUUUUGGGGGAAACCGUUUGCUGAUGAGUUUCGGCCAAACUUGUCCCAUACUGGUCGGGGAGUUCUCAGCAUGGCCAACUCUGGUCCAAGCACCAACAAGUCCCAGUUCUUCAUCACUUUCAGAUCUUGCACCUACCUCGACAGGAAGCAUACAGUGUUUGGAAGGGUUGUUGGAGGGUUUGAGACACUUACUGCAAUGGAAAAUGUAGAGAGUGAUCCCAAAACGGACAAACCCAAGUCGGAGAUUAAGUUGCUGAGUACGACUGUGUUUGUGGACCCGUAUGAAGAGGCUGACGCUCAGAUUGCAGCAGAGCGAGAAAAGGAGAUCCAAAAGGUGGAGGCGGAGAAGGAGCAGGCCAACAUGGCCCUAAAGAAAGCACAGGAGGAGCAGGCACCAAAAGUCUACACAGACGGCAUCGGGAAACACAUCAACCCCUCCUUAAUAAAACGCUCAGCUGCUAACGAUGAAAGUGGACCUUCAACCAGUGGAGUGGCACCCAAAAAGUCCAAAGGCAAGACCUGCUUGAAAGACUUCAGCUCAUGGUAGAACAUUC